AUGAUUGUGGAUUAUCAUAAUUGUUUAUAACUUAAAAGUAUUUUUGAUGGAAAAGUCUCCUAUAAUAAUUUAGUCAAAAUGUUUAAUAGUGUAAAACAUAUACAAAUAGCAAUCUCAAAAUACAGUAAUAUAUAUAAUAUUUAUGAAUGCUAUUGUAGAUUAUACAUGUUCAUAGUUGUAUCGAUUAAAGACCUUAUCAAAUUAAAGUGACAUCAAAUAGUCUUAAUUAUAAUAUACUUUUAUAAAUUUUAAGCUUUAUAUUAGGAUUUUAUGUUAGAAUUAGAAGUUUUAAAUCUUUAAAACAAAAAUAUGAUAUCAAUUUCUUAGUAUUUCAUAAAAAAUGAUAAAUUUUAUAUUAUAUUUGAACAUUUAGAAGGAAGAAGUUUAAAAGAGAUAAUGAAUUCAUAAUAUAAAAUGAAAAAAGAGGAAAUUAUAGUUGCAUUAUAGGUAAAAAAUAUAUUAUAUAAUUUAUUAAGUAACUACUAAGUCUUUUAAUUUUAUUGCAUAGAAAAGGAUUCGUUUGUAGGGAUAUAUAUCAAGAUAAUAUUAUUAUAUAACUGAAUUUGGAUAAAUUAAAAAAGUAGUUGAAAUUUUGA